GUGGAGAUGACGUCGCGGGGGCCUGCCCGGGCGUCGCGGACUCUGGAGAUGGAGGAGAAGGAGCAAUUACGGCGGCAGAUACGCCUCCUGCAGGGUCUGAUCGAUGACUACAAAAACCUCCAUGGCAGUGCCCCUGCCCCAGGCACCUCAGCCGCUUCUCUGUGGCAGCCACCCACUUACGACAGCAGCAGGGCCUUCAGUGCUCGCCACCCCUGUCCAAGCCGGAGGGGCUUCUCCCCAAACCAUGGGCCUGCAUGGCGCAAGAAAUACUCCCUGGUGAAUCGGCCCCCAGGAUCCUUGGACCCACCUGGCAACUGUGCCUCACAGCCGCCCCUUGGGGCUGGGGGCAGCCAGCCUCCUGACUCCCAGCAGUGUGUCCUGGAGAGGCAGGUCCAGCUGAGUUCAGAUCAGAACAUGGUCAUCAAAAUCAAACCACCUUCAAAGCCGAGCUUGGCUAGUGCGGCAGGGGUCCUGCGGGGCUCCUUGGAAGAAUGUGAGGAUUCUCCGUGGAGCGACCACAGGCCUCAGGAAGGUGAGGGUGAGCCCCCUGGCAGGCAGAAGCAGCCCUUGAGGCCAGGAAGAGCCAAGGGGAGCUGCAGUGCAGAGGACCCCCUUCUGGUCUGCCAGAAGGAGCCUGGCAAGCCCCGGGUGGUGAAGUCUGUGAGCAGUGUGAGUGACAGCCCCUCGGAGCCCCGGCGGACAGUCAGUGAGAGCACGGUUUUGGUCAAGGCACACUUCCUGUCCUCUACCCUGCCCCAACGCAGUGGCACGGCCCUUGGUCAGAAGGUGGGCUCUCAGUCUGUGGCCAGCUGUGUUGCACAGCUCCUUGGUGAUGGAAGAGCGAAUGCCAGCCACCCAGAUCAGCCGGCUCCCUCUGACUUGGUGGCAGAUCCAGUUAGACCAGCUUCUGGACCCAGGCAGACCCCAGAGGCCUCACUGCUUGUGUCCUGUCGAACCAACAAGUUCCGGAAAAACAACUACAAAUGGGUGGCUGCCUCAGUGAAGAGUCCCCGUGUUACUCGGAGGGCUCUCAGUCCCAGAUCUGCCUCAGAGAAUGUGUGCAAGACCCCCUUUGGCACAGCAGAGCGAGUGGAGAAGCUGCAGCUCAGAGCCAACCCGGAUGCCAAGCCCAGGAGGUCGGCCGUGUCCUCCACAUCUGGGACCUCCCCCAGCAAGUACAAGUGGAAGGCCUCCAGCCCCUCUGCCUCCUCUUCCUCGUCCUUCCGUUGGCAUUCGGAGGCUGGCAGCAAGGAUCAUGGCUCCCAACUUUCUCCAGUCCCAUCUACGUCCGCCCCAAGGGACAGACCAGCAGUAGGACCCAGCGGCUUGAAGCCCCUCUUCAGUGAGACCCCACUCUCUGCUUACAAAGUGAAGAGCCGCACCAAGAUCAUCCGGAGGCGGGGGAGUGCUAGCCUUCCCGGGGACAAGAAGAGCAGCCCCCCACCUGGUGCCACUGCCAAGAGCCAAUUCAGCUUGCGGCGCAGACAGGCCCUCCGGGGGAAGAGCAGCCCCGCUCCGAAGAAGACCCCCAACAGGGGCCUCGUGCAGGUUACCAGGCACCGGCUUUGCUUCCCGCCUCCAGGCCGAGCCCACCUCUCCACCAAGGAAGCAUCCGGUCUGCACACCCUGCGGACCCCUCCUGCCAGCAAAGUGAUCAAGACCCGCUACCGCAUCGUCAAGAAGACCUCGGUGUCUCCUCUCAACACGCCCCCGACCCCCUUGUCCCUGCCCUCCUGGCGGGCGCGGCGGCUCUCCUUGUCCAGGUCCCUGGUGCUGAACCGCCUGCGCCCCACUGCCGGCAGUGGCAAAGGCCAGCCCGGCUCCCCUCGGUGGCGGAAUAAAGGCUACCGCUGCAUUGGUGGGGUCCUCUACAAGGUGUCGGCCAACAAACUGUCCAAGACCUACGGCCGGCCCAGCGUCGACGGGGGUAGUAGGCCUCUCCUGCGCACAGGCCGGUUGGACCCUGCCAGCAGCUGCAGCCGCUCCCUAGCCAGCCGGGCUCUCCAGCGCAGCCUGGCCAUUGUCCGGCAGGCGAGGCAGAAGAAGCGCCGGAAGGAGGAGUACUGCAUGUACUACAACCGCUUCGGCCGGUGCAAGCGUGGCGAGGGCUGCCCCUACAUCCACGACCCCGAGAAGGUGGCUGUGUGCACCAGGUUUGUCCGGGGCACGUGCAAGAAGACAGAUGGGACCUGCCCCUUCUCCCACCACGUCUCCAAGGAGAAGAUGCCUGUGUGCUCCUACUUCCUGAAGGGGAUCUGCAGCAACAGCAACUGUCCCUACAGCCACGUCUACGUGUCCCGGAAGGCGGAGGUCUGCGCAGACUUCCUCAAAGGCUACUGCCCGCUGGGUGCGAAGUGCAAGAAGAAGCACACGCUGCUGUGCCCCGACUUCUCCCGCAGGGGUGCCUGCCCCCGGGGUGCCCAGUGCCAGCUGCUCCACCGCAACCAGAAGCGCCUCAGCCGGCGGGCAGCUGCAUCCGUGGCCCCAGAGCCCAGCGACGCAGCCCCCAGGAACCACGGGCCCAGGAAGUCCUCAGCCGCCCAGCGCCCCGCCAGACAGAUGCCCAGCUCCCCCACCUCCGUGGCCGCUGGCUCAGCCUCCCCUCCCUCCUCCCCACGGGGGUUAGCUGUGGCCUCAGCCUCUCCCUUGUCAUCAAAGGCCUCCUCCUCCUCCCCCUCCCACUCCUCUUCCUCCCCUUCUUCCCCCCACUCCUCCUCCUCCGCCUCCCCCACUUCCCCCUCCCUGUCCUUGGACCAGGAGGAGCUGUCUCUCCAGGAAGAGGCUGCCUCUGCGGUGAUGGUGACGGGCUCCGGCAGCCUCUCCAAGCUGCCUUCCUUCAUCUCCCUGCAGUCCUCACCGAGCCCAGGAGGCCAGCCCAGGGCCCGGACUUCCAGGAGCACCGCCCACAGGGACUCAGGGAAACCUCUGCACAUCAAACCCCGUCUGUGAGGGCCCAGGGGGCCAGCUCGUGCCUACCUCAGCCCCUCAUCCCUGGAGAGGAAGGAGACUCCGCCCACCACUGCCCCAGAGGAGGGACCGCCUGCCACCGAGCCCCCAACGGGGGCCACACAGCCGUUGCUCUGCCCGCCUGGUUCUCAGCCUUCCGUGACCAGUGCGUGUCCAGGGCCCUGC